AUGGAGAAGGAUAAGGUGAUUCGGGAAAGGCAUAAGGCUGCUAAGAGUCGCCAAAAGUCCUAUGGGGAUGUUAGGUGUAAUGACUUAGAGUUUGAAGUUAGGGACAGGGUGUUCCAAAAGGUGUCUCCCAUGAAGGGAGUAGUGCGGUUUGGCAAGAAUGGGAAACUUAGUCCUCAGUUUAUUAGUCCUUAUGGGAUUUUACGGAGAGUGGGUAAUACUGCUUAUAAGUUGAAGUUGCCUGCAAGUUUGUGUUUGGUUCAUCAGGUCUUUUAUGUUUCCUUGUUGAGGAAGUGUAUUAGAGAUCCUUCUUUUGUUGUUCCAUUGGAAAGGUUGGAUAUCUCAGAUUCUCUAUCUUAUGAAGAGAUCCCAGUUGAGAUAUUUGAUAGGAAAGUUCGUUAG